CCCAGAAAGCAGGAGACCAUUGGCUGAGACCCUACACACAUCUUUAUUUAUUGUAUCAGUGUCGCCUUGGUGGGGUGCCAUGGUCUCACAAGGCUGACGGGCUUUUUUUUGUGUGUGUGUGAUUUUUGUCUUAUUUUAUUGAGGCUGCUUGGGUGCUUUAGAUUUUGGAAGACUUGGAUGUGCACAGGCGCGUCUUUAUAUUCGUAUCGAGGCGCUUGGAUGCCUUUCUGAGACCCUUUUGCUUUUUUUCCGCCUUAUUCAUCUAUCCAGUCCAGCUCACAACAGCACCAGUCGUGUUUUUCUCAGGAGUAGCUCUUGCACUGAGUGUAAUUCCUCUCUGCAAGGCUGUGAAGUGAACCAGGACAGGAUGAGGAUGGGACGCGGCGGCUGCGGGACGCUGGGGUUCACGGUGACGCUUCUGUGCGCCGCCGCAUUCUUUCUCUCGGCGGAGAGCCGCAGGGGCAAUAAGCAGUCCCGUUGCCCGGCUGGAUGCACGUGCACCAAAGAUAACGCCUUGUGCGACAACAUCAGGACUGUUCCGCACACCUUCCCUCCCGAUGUCGUCUCCUUAUCGUUUGUUAAGUCUGGAUUCACUGAGAUUGCCCCUGGAAGCUUCCUGCACACGCCGUCUCUUCAGCUUCUCUUGUUUACAUCCAACACAUUUGAUUCUAUUGAUGAAGAUGCAUUUCAAGGCCUGCCACAUUUGGAGUACCUGUUUAUUGAGAACAACAAAAUCAAGUCCAUGUCACCUUUGGUCUUCAGAGGUUUGAAAUCUCUGCUCCAUCUGAGCCUUGCAUAUAAUAACCUUGAGACAUUACCCAAAGAGGUUUUCAAGGGGAUGGAUGCCUUAACAAAAGUGGACCUUCGAGGAAACAUGUUCAUCUGUGACUGUAAACUUAAAUGGCUGGUUGAGUGGAUGCACAACACAAAUGCAACAGUGGACCAGAUACACUGUAGUGGGCCACCACUUUAUCAAGGGAAAAAGAUCAAUGAGCUGAUCCCUCAGGCGUUUGACUGCAUAACUGCAGAGUUCGUUUCAAAGAAAACUCUGAAGUUUGAGUCAAUUUCAGUAGAGACUUUCACCAUUGGGAACGAUCAGUAUGCAGUGUUUGCACAGCCUUUUUCAGGAACAUGUAGCUUCAUGGAAUGGGACCACGUCAACAUGGAGUUUAGACCUUAUGACAGCAUAGAGAGCACCUCAACCGUUGUCUGUAAGCCAUUGGUGAUUGAUGACCAGAUUUUCAUUAUUGUAGCACAGCUAUUUGGUGGCUCACACAUUUAUAAGCGGGACACAUCAGCCCACAAGUUUAUCAAGAUCCAAGACAUUGAUAUUCUGAAGAUCCGCAAGCCUAACGAUGUUGAGACGUUCCGCUUGGAUGGCGAGUGGUUCUUUGCGAUUGCUGACACCUCUAAAGCAGGCUCCACUACUGUGUACAAGUGGAAUGGCAAUGGCUUCUACUCACACCAGUCUCUACACCCUUGGCACCGUGACACAGAUGUGGAGUACCUGGAAAUCGGAGGCAAACCCCACCUAAUUCUGUCCAGCAGCUCUCAGCGGCCCGUUGUGUAUCAGUGGAACCGGGGGCAGAAGAGGUUUGAGCGGCGCACAGACAUCCCAGAGACAGAGGAUGUAUAUGCCGUCAAGCACUUCAGAGACAAAGGCGAGCUGUAUAUCUGCCUGACACGCUUCAUUGGUGACUCGAAGGUGAUGCGGUGGGAUGGUGCCAUGUUCACUGAGGUGCAGAGUAUGCCAUCGCGUGGCUCCAUGGUCUUCCAGCCAGUGACAGUUGGAAGCUGGCAGUACGCCAUCCUUGGCAGUGACUACUCCCUCACGCAGGUCUACCAGUGGGACUCCAAGAAGGGCCACUUUGUACACUUCCAGGAGCUGAACGUCCAAGCACCAAGGGCUUUCUCCCUGGUUUCCAUUGACAACCAUGAGCUCCUACUCGCCUCCAGUUUCAAAGGGAGGACACAGAUCUACGAGCACCUCAUUAUUGAUAUGAGUAACUGAAGCAUUGCUUAAAAGCUUUUUCUGAAAAUGCAGUGGGACAGACCAAUGGAGAUGAGCUUGCUGUCAGAACUCACAUGCGUUAUCUAGAGGACUAAUGAUGCUUCCAGUUGACUGCCCUCUCUAGUAGUCCUUUGUGUCCUUCACCAUUGUUAUCAUCAUCUAGUCUGCACUUUUUACUUUUACUCUUUUUAACCUCUUCUCCUCUUAACAAAAGCCGUUGUUCAUGUAUUAUUUCCCUGCAAACAAAAAGUUAGUGGGACAUUUGAGAAAUAUAAUAAAAAAAACGCAAAACUGCAAAGUGAGUAAUUAACUACUGACACCGUAAUAUGUUGGGCGGGAAAUUGUUGACAGAUUUUUACUGUAGUCCUAAGCAGUUUGUAACUUUUUAUACAAAAAAAGUUAAUCCAGUUGAUUUUUUUAUGCUAGUUAUGGUAGACUGAAUGGACAAUUUUGCAUUUUAUAAUUCAGUUUAGGCUAAUCUGUGAAUUGAUGCAGCAAAUUUAGACGUGACAGUAUAUUGUAGGUAUGUCAUUUUAGACAGACGGUUUAGCCAUGUAAUUGUUUAUUCUUUGUCUUGAUUGUGUAGACCUAAUAAACCAUUUUAUUAUAAAUGUGA